AAACUGUCCGUCAGCCACUGUGAUGAAAUGUCAAAAUAUAAUCAAAAUAAAAAUAAAAUAAACCUGCUGCUGCUUAAAUUCGUAUCAUAUUUUUGCCUAAAAAGAAUAUAAUAAAGAAAAAAGAACAUUUGUUGUUAAAUUGUUUUAUUUAUACAUUUAAAGAUCAUAAAUUUUGUGCUAAAACUAAUGAAAUAUUACCGUAAGAAGAAGCAGCAGCAGCAGACAGCCGUUUAAUGUUUCUUGUGGCCAAGUUUUGUGUAAAUAAAUCGGUGCACGGAGUUUACGGAAAACGCGGAAUAAUAACUAUUUAAAAAUAGAAGAAAGUUCGGUAACGGGGAUACAAAUAAAGAUAUCAGUGAAAGUGUUUUUAGUGUGUUAAAAGCAAAAUACAUAAAAAGAGUUCCUCAAUUUGGAUUGAGGUAGCUUUAGCAGUUUGCAGAAUCUUCACAAUUAUUCAUUUUUUACCAUGGCCAAUGAGGAUCAGGAGUGGCGUCAGUCAUUGUUACAAUGUUUGCGGGAACGUAAUCGUAGAGAAGUGGUUCCCUUUAAAGAAAUCAUACAACAGAACAACCGCUUGAUGGACAAUGUGGCCCAAUUAAAAUCUGAUAAUUUAAAAAUUUCGGUGGAAAAUGAACAAUUACGCACCGCCAUCUCAACAGGUGGCGGCAUGGGUGGUAAAGAUAGUACUGCCGCUCAAUUGGCUAUUGCCGCCCUGGAAAAGAAACUCUUGGCCCAACAGGAAGAGCUAACAGAAUUGCAUAAACGCAAAGGAGAAAAUUCUCAAUUAAUUGUAGAUCUUAAUAUAAAAAUGGAAAAGCAACAACAAAUAAUAGCCGAAAAAGAACACAGUCUUGCUGACCAACAAACUGCCAAUAAUUCCUUAAAAGCUGAAGUUCAAAUGCUUAAAACCAGUUUAGAAGAAUUGAAAAAUCUUAAUACAACAUUAAGAGAUGAAUAUACCGCACUGCAGUUGGCAUUUAGUGCACUCGAAGAUAAAUUAAGAGGGGUACAGGACGAAAAUCGUUGCCUAUUGGAACGUUUGAUGCGUUAUAAAUCGAAGGAUGCUGAUAAAUUGAAUGAGGAAAACGAAAGCUUUUUAAGAAAAAGACUGCCGUCAAUUUUCAGAAAACGUUCGGAUAAACUAAAACGAGAUCUUGAAGACGCUGUCCGUGAACCGAAUUCACCCUUUACACAUCAUCAUCGCAACUCCUCGAGUCCCUCGUUUCAGGGUGCGGGUGGUGGUGAUCCGUACGACGACGACGAUCGUGAUACCAGUAGUGGUGAUCAUUGUGUAGAAGCUGGCAGUGAUGCUGAUAUGUAUGGUACACAUAAUGAUCAGUUUGGUGGUGUGAGUGGUGGCAAUAUUGGCGGUUAUGGUUAUUACAAAAGUGCCUGUCCCACUAACAUCUAUAUGAAAUUUGAAGCUCAUGAAACGGAAUCACAUGCGGUACGUUGGAGUCCUAUUGAACGUGUCAUAGCAACGGGUGGUGCUGAUCGCAAGGUUAAAUUGUGGGAUGUGGGGAAGGGUUCAUCGGAACCUCGUGCCGUUUUGGGCGGCAGUAGUGCUGGUAUAAAUUCCGUUGAUUUUGAUUCCACUGGUACCUAUAUAAUAGGCACCUCUAAUGAUUAUGGCGCUCGUAUUUGGACUACAGGAGAUAAUAGAUUAAGGCACACUCUAACCGGUCAUAGUGGCAAAGUAAUGGCAGCAAAAUAUGUUCAAGAACCGGUAAAAGUUGUUACCGGCAGUCAUGAUAGAACUUUAAAAAUUUGGGACUUACGUAGUAUAGCAUGUAUAGAGACAAAAUUUGCCGGUUCAAGUUGUAAUGAUCUCGUUACCACCGAUAGUUUAGGCUCAACAAUUAUAAGUGGUCACUACGAUAAGAAAAUACGUUUUUGGGAUAUACGUACGGAAAAACAGGCCGAUGAUGUCUUAAUGAAUGCUAAAAUUACCUCAUUGGAUUUGUCGAAAGAUUGCAAUUACCUCAUAUGUUCAACACGUGAUGAUACUAUAAAACUUUUAGAUUUACGCAAAAAUCAAAUUAUUUCCACAUUUUCCGAUGAACACUUUAAACUUAGCUGUGAUUGGGCUCGUGCCUCUUUUAAUAUGAAUGCCACUAAAAUAGCAUGUGGCUCAGCUGAUGGUGCCAUAUACAUUUGGAAUAUUACUGGCCAAUUAGAGGCGGAAUUAAAAGGACAUGCUUCUGGUUCUGGAUUUUUUCACAGCUCGGCGGUUAAUGCAGUUAGUUGGAGUCCCAAUUUUAAUGCUAUCGCAUCAGUGGGUAAAGGUAAAAAAUGUCUCAUCUAUACGGAAUCGUAGCUGAAAUUAAAGAAACUAAGAAAUUUUAUAUAACACGUUACAAAUUAUUAAACAAAUUAAAUACUUAUGUAUGUAAUAAUGUUGAAAAAUAUAAUAAAAUAAUAAUAAUAGAAAUUUAACUAUUAUAUUACGCAAAAGAGAAACAGAAGCGAACGUGUGCAACUGAAGAAAAUUAUGUAAACGUUAAAAGAAAACUAAAAUUCUUCUAAAGAAAUUGAAUUUUAAUUUAAGAAUAUUUUUGUAUUAAACGAAUUCUUUAAAAAAGGAAUUAAAAAAAAAGAAAACUUAAAAUUUUUUGUCGAAAUUUUAAUUAUGUAAUUUAAGUCUGUUUAUAAUUAUAAUUUAUAAAUUAUUAUAAACUAAUAAGCUAAAUAACCAAUUCGGUCAAAAUCAUGUAUUCUUUUCAGUUAAGACGAAUUUAAAAUUUCUUUAUAAUACUAUUAUUAUAAUUUUUUUUAUAUAUACAAGUCUUCAAAGUCUUCUAUUUUAAAAAUUAAACAUCACUGUAAAUUUUUUAUGAAAAAACCUAAAAUAA